AUGAUAAAGAGCUGCAUUCUUGAAAAACGGGGCGCCUCUAUAUGUUUGCAUGGUUACGUCUCAGGUGUCCCGGGAUCAGGAAAGACCGAAACCGUACGCGAAGUUAUUCGAAAUUUAGAAUCACAUCCCGUUGGAAGAGCUGCAAAAUUUUCUGAGAUUAACGGGUUGAAACUCACAAGCCCCAAGCAAGCAUUUGUGGAGCUCUAUUCUAUGAUCUUUACGCAAAUGAGAAUAUCUGGCAAUAGAGCACAGGAGCUAUUGGAUUUUGUGGUGAUCGUCGAUGAGAUCGAUUUGCUGCUAAACAAAUCCCAGAACAUUUUGUACAACUUUUUCGACUGGCCCAAUCGGCCAAACUCUUCGCUACUUUUAAUCGCGAUAGCUAAUACCAUGGAUUUACCAGAAAGAAUUUUUAAUAACAAAGUCUCUAGCCGGCUCGGGUUGCAUAGAAUUGACUUUUCGCCAUAUACGCAUCAAGCACUUACUGACAUUCUUCUUGAGAAACUCUCGACCUUUCAGUUCCAGAAAGAUGCGAUUGAAUUGUGUUCAAGAAAAGUUGGUGCCGUAUCCGGCGAUGUACGGCAAGCAAUAAGCUUUUGUGAUCGCGCCAAGCAGAUUGCGAUCAAAAAAUGCACUUCAAUUGUGACGCUAGAGGAUGCACACCAGGCCAUUCAAGAGGUUCUUGCAUCUGACCGGAAAUCGCCUCUACAAGGACUUUCUUUCCACUCUCUGUUGUUUCUUAUAAGUGCCUACAAGUCUCUGCGAGCAGAGCAAGCAUCAAAGUCUACAAAAAUCGAGCAGGUCUCUCUUUCUUGUACGCUGGAAAAAGUCCUGGAGAUGCAUUGUCAGCUUUGUAGAUCGUAUGACUUGGAUGAAAUCUCGGAGGCAAAUUUCAGGUCAAUUGCAGUGAUUUUGGCCUCGAUGAAGUUAAUAAUUUUAGAAAAUGAUUCUCCUCUAUGGCUCCAUUCACUUCGCUUCAGGAGCUCCAUUGAUGAGGUGCAAAAGCUUCUUUGUUCGUUUCAAAUAUCAGAGUCGCAAAAGUGGAUAUCGGCAACAACAGAAUGGAAGUCGUUGAACACCAUCAUGUCAAAACUGUAG